AACUUGAGGUAAACCUAAAUUUCUCCGUAAAACGAGGUCACACCAUGUACCGUCCUCCGUUAACUGACCAGUCGUGUUUCGAUCGUUCAUCGAGAACUAUCACUUAUCAAAGAAUGUAGAUGUAAAUCUGAUUUUAAAUAAAAAUGAACAUCCAAAGAGUAUCGAUCGUUCAAACGAUAUUGUUAUUUGUGAUGUACUCAUUAUCGGAGUCUAAAGUGAACGUAGCAAAUCGUCAAGAGGAUACAAAAAUCAUUCUAAGAGAUCAAGAGUCGAUGAUAGAUCUUAAAACGUUGUUGAGACAAGCGGUGAACUCAUCAACGUCGACUGAAAUAACAGCAACUAGACAAGGACCUUGUCAAUGUGCCCUAGGUGUUUGUGGUUGUUGUUCGAGAAUACUUUUUUCCACUUGGAAACAAAAGGCAUGCGUUAACGUGACUUACGAUCCAGACGAGUUCAGUUUCACUGCUAACGUUCUGAUGAACGACAGGGUUCUAUACACUAGAACGGUUUCUGGUAAAAAUCCUAGACCAAUUUGCGUGCCUGUGCCAAGGAUACCGUACGUUAGGGCCUGCGUGAGAUUCUAUAAUAUUUUUUUUCAAGGUAGAAACAUACAUCUCUGUGUCAACAUGGAAGGAAAGUUUAGAGAUACCACGUUGUUCAAAGUUGGAUUAGAUUGCAUCCGAUUUGGUUCAAACGGUUUAGCUCACGUAAAGCCGGAAGACGGGGGUGGAUUAGGCCAAGUCGAAAUUUUUCCAGGCGAUGACGAUACCGAUUAUAAUGAUGAUUACGAUGACGAUGAUGACGACGACGAUGAUGACGACGAUGAUGACGAUAUAUUAGAUUUUUAAUUAAUAAUUGUCUUUAUUUAUAUACCUCGACAAUUAUUAUAGGAUUUUGAAAAAAAUAUUUGUUCUAUUUAUAUAUGUAUAUAUAUAUAUUUUUUUAAUG